CUUUACAUUCCAUAUCAUUGCCGAUUGUGUUAACGAAGAGAGUGGAUGUGCAAAUUGUGGACUGUUGUAUUUCUAUGGCUUGUGCUUUGGAUUUACUUUUAAUUUUCGUGCGGGAUCUAUUGUUAGUAGUAUUUUCUUAAUAAUGAAAUAAAUAAAUUUAUUUAGCCAACAAAUACAAAAGGCACACAUUUGAAGUGUUUAUUAUAGCCAAAAGUUUGGAGGAUUUUUGGUGUGAGAAUCUAAGUGCAAAUUUUUAAAGAAGUAAUGUGUAUAUGUCGAGUAAAUGCUUGCUGGCCAUCGACACAUUAAUGUUUGGCCGCUUUCGCCAAUGCUCCAGCUCGUGACGUUAGCGUUGACGCUGAAGAUGACACCGCCGUCGACGUCGACGUCGCCGUCACCGAAUUAUAUACAAUGCCGUACGUUUGUUGUAGCAAGCGCGUUGCAAAAGUGAAUGUAGCGAAAAUCUGGCAGUGAUAAAAGCUAUGGACACGCAUGUGUGUACACAUGUUUACAUACUCGUAUGUUUAUAUGCAUAGUACAAAUAUAUAACAAUAAAAAAUAACAAAAAAUUAAAGCAUAUAAGUAUUAUAUGUAUAGUUAAGUUAACCAAAUCGAAACAAAUUCGUUGGUUUAAAUGAGUGGUUGUUAACAAAGUUUUAUACAAAAUGUGAAUAUGUGAAUUGUGGCGUCGUCAGAUUACUCCGAAACGUGCUCCUCAAAUUCGAAUUGGUGCAUUUAUCGAUCGAAGCCCAGCAUUGGCCUACUGCUGCUUGUAUUGGCGUCGGACGAAAGAAGUGAAGUGAUGCAUACAUAUACAUAUGUAUGUACAUAUGUAUGCCAGUGACUGAUCCAAAGUUUAUAUGCCGCCGGUUCGUCCUAUAUUUCUAAUCAUACCCAGAAUUCACAUUGAGUUAAAGAGCAACUGUCGUAAGCUAAAGAGGAAAUCACGUUGAGGGAUACGACGCACGAUUCUGCGGCUAAAACGGAUGGAGGCCCAAUGGCGGCGUUUUCAGGUUUACCGUUCAAUCUGUCUGCAUCACACUGACUUCUUCUAUUACCGCCAAUAACAGUUGAUUAUUAUUAAAAACAUUCAAAGAUGCCUGGACUUGUUGUUUUCCGACGCCGUUGGUCGGUGGGCUCAGACGAUCUCGUAGUACCUGGAGCUUUUUUGUUAACUGCACACCUUAUAUGCUUUGUAAUUGUGCUAAUAUCAUUAUUGGUCCUGGAGUAUGAUCUUGCAAUUUUGAACGUGAAGUUACUAUUCUAUCUCCAGAUAUGCUAUUUGGCAAUAUUAAUUGGUUCAGUUUGCGUUGAGGCAGGCAUAUGCAUUAUAUCUAUGCGUGGUAGUAUAUUGGACUCUGCCGCACGAACAACGAUCAAUUUUUGGAUAUAUUUAAAAAGCAUGGUGAUAUUUUUUGAUAUUACAUGGUUAGUGUUAAGUACAAUAUGGUUAACAAACUAUUACGUUGACGCGCCCAUCGAUGAGGCCAAGAAAAUUUUCAUGGUUCAUUUCAAAAUAUUUGCAGCCAUAGUAAUUUGCAACUGGGCUUUGGUGUUUAUAACUCUCAUUACGAUUUGGUGCACAUUCGAUGCAGCGGGACGUUCUUGGGUCAAAAUGAAGAAAUAUCAAAGGUCAAUGAGGGAGACUGAAUCUCGUUUCAAUUACAAGCGCAGUGGCAGUAUGAAUCGCAAUUGGCGUCAACGAAAAGUGAUGCGCGCUUACCAAGACAGUUGGGAUCAUCGAUGCCGUUUAUUAUUCUGUUGUAUGGGUGGAACGGAUCGUAAUCGAAACUCCUUCACCGAUAUAGCCCGAUUACUGAGUGAUUUCUUUCGAGAGCUUGAUGUGGUGCCCUCGGAUGUUGUCGCCGGUCUGGUGCUAUUGCGAAAAUUUCAGAAGAUAGAACGCGAAGCUGUUGUCCGGCAGAGAAAAAAUGGCACAUAUGAAUUCUUGAGUGGCGUUCCCAUCACCGACCGCACGCAGUUUCUCGCACUGAAUGAUGCAAAAAACUACGAUUUCUUCCAAACAGUUAUACACUAUAUGUAUUUUGCUCAGGGCGCUUACGGCUGGCCGAUGUACUUCAUAAUAAACCGCUCGAAAAUGUACAACUUAUUGCCUGAAUUAAAAUGCUUUACAUGUUGUUGCCGUCCCCAAACUGAAACGCCAUCUGUUAUUGAAGAUAACUGUUGUUUUUGUAAUUAUGCCGCCCUAAAGAAGACUCUCCAAGUUGGUGAUGUAGAAAUCAUUUACGCCACGUAUCAUGUUGAUGUCGGUGAGACACCGUUCUUUGUGGCUGUGGACUACACUCAGAAAAAGAUUGUGGUCAGCAUACGUGGUACGCUAAGCAUGAAGGAUAUACUCACCGACUUAAACGCCGAGGGGGAGGUAUUGCCGCUCUCCCCACCGCGCGAUGACUGGCUUGGCCACAAAGGCAUGGUGCAGGCAGCAAUUUACAUUAAAAAUAAAUUAGAGGAAGAAGGACUUAUAGAACGUGCACUAAGCCAUAAUCGUGAUAGGGAAACCAAUUCAUUUGGUUUGGUCUUAGUGGGCCAUUCUCUGGGCGCCGGAACUGCGGCUAUUUUAGCCAUUCUAAUGAAGGCUGACUAUCCGUCAUUGCAGUGCUUUAGCUACUCACCCCCAGGCGGUCUGCUAAGCAUGCCAGCGGUAGAAUAUACCAAAUCGUUCAUCACAUCCGUUGUGUUGGGGAAAGAUGUCGUACCUCGCAUUGGGUUACACCAAAUGGAAGCUUUGCGUGCCGACCUGAUAAACGCAAUCCAGAGAAGUGUUGAUCCCAAAUGGAAAACAAUUUCCUGUUCUGUCAUCUGCUGUGGAUGUGGACCUGAGCCAACAUCGGUUGUUGAGAUGUCCGGGAAAGAUACUCAUAUCAAUCAAUAUCAGGAACAAAGAGACUCAGCACGUUCCACAAGCGCACAUCCUACAGAUAGCUCCAUUGCUUUGACAUUACAUCAGCCUCUCUACCCACCUGGCCGAAUAAUUCACAUAGUUCGUCAUCAUCCUAAACCAGAAGAGCAAAAGUACGACAGCGGUUGGAGAAGUGUUCUAAAGAGCCAUGAACCAGUCUAUCAGGCGAUCUGGGCCGACACAUACGAUUUUGAUGAAGUACUCAUUUCUCCCGUUAUGUUGCAGGAUCAUAUGCCCGACAAAGUGCUUGCGGCGCUCAAAAAGGUUGUAACUGCAAGUGGACCACGGAAACCGCAGCGUCAGACAUCAAAUGCAUUCUCCACAUUAUCCAACGACUUCAACCAUUAUGACUUCGAUGUCGAUCGCAUAUCUCCUAUAGGUUCCAUCGAUCCAAUCAGCGUUUUAAAACCGGAGGGUAACCUUAAGCGACUUCCGCACAACUCAUAUCCUAAUAUAAGCAGUUCUAUUAAUUUAACGCCAACAGCACACCACAAAAUCUGUCACGAAACAUCUUUUGCCAACUUACAAGUUCCAUUUGACAUAGCCACGUUCGGUGGCCUAAAUUCAAGUAAAACAUCGUCGAUUGCUGGUAGCAUUGUAGGUCGAAGUCAGUUAAGCUCGGCUCUGUACGAUAUGUCAGUAGAUGAGAGCAUAACAACAGUAACUCGCCGAAGUCCCUCCGUACCAAGCGAAACUGCUACGGUGAUUAUAAAUGAUCGAGAUCCAUUGCCCGUACAGCCCCUAAAGUCUGUAGCUUUCAAUAUUGAUUCUGAUUCUAAUGCGAUGAAAUUCAUGCCUUCAUCACAUGUCUCCAAAGGGCUGAUAUAUCGUCAAUACUCGGUACGUACCGAGAAACGGAAGCGUAAUUUACCCAUAACAGCAUUGCGAAGAGCUUCAGAUGUGUCCGGACCAAUCGAUUCGAUGCAUGAUGAUGUGCUAGGUUUGGCGCCUUUAGCUAGUCCGGAAACAUUAUCUGAAAUUUCCAGCAUAUCAUCCCGCACAAGUGCUCCUAUUAGCUUGGCCAAUAGCAUUGAACUAUAUUUCCAUAAUUUAAAUCUGGGCGUUGAUAAUAUGAACGGUCGGACCAUGCUAGAAGGCAUAUUCGAAUCGCAAUUGCAUACACCAAAGAUAAUGAGGCGAGCACCGAAAUUCAGUGAGAAUCUUGCGAAUUGUGCAGAUGACAGUCGAAAUGUCGAUCAAUAUAAACGCAUGGGUCGGGUGUUUGUAACAUUACCGCCCAUAUUUGACGGCAUCCAUAGCAAAAAUAACAAUCAAAAGUCCAGCUUUGAUUCUAGCGAUGAUAGCUACGAAUCAGUGCAAAGUCUCAGUAGACUUUCUUCCAAACAAGACACCAACACCGUUCAUGACUCAAUUGGAAAUAAUGUGCUCCAACCAAUACAGGGCUCAAAAUCAGCAGAUCCCUUAAAUAUUGAUGCAAUAGACCCAAAACCAACUGAUCAUACAGCAAAAAAGUUAACCUUCAGUGAUAGCGAAAUUCUGAAUGAUGUUGAAGCGGCCGAAGAUAAGGAUAAUCACUCGCUGAUCUUUGAACAAAACCAAUCCCUAAUGGGUGCUUUGAACGAGCGCAUGAACUGUGGAUCGGCUGAUACGACUUUUUAUAGUGCCAAUUCUUCUAUCGAAAAAUUCUCGACACCUGGUAAAUUGAUAUAUUGUUGCAAUUCCGCCGAUAAAGGUAGUUUGGAGUGCCAAAGUGUUCCUGAGGAAGCAAUCAUCAUAAGACCGGGUGUUCUCGAGUCACAUUUUCCCUUGUUCGAAUCUGUGUCAUAUCCGGCGGAAUACAACUCUGCCCAAACGCUCGAUGACUGUGACAUUCCUACGUGUUCCUCAAGUACUAAUGUUCCUACGAAGCAAAUAAAACGCGAAACGAUUGGUGGUCGUAUACGAAAACGGCUGUCGUCCGAGGAUUUUAUAUUUACACGCACCGAGGAUUUCCCACUGGUAGCACAAUUGGGAGAGAAAUCUAACAAACGCAAAGCAGCAGUCUACCCUGCGGCCUCCAGUUAUAAUGUUUCGAGAGCGAGACUGCCAACAUGUUCUAGUAAUGAGAUGAUAAAUGCGAAAACAACAACAGGCACUGAAACGAAAUUAUCCUCACACUCCGAAUUACAAAGGAAGUCCAACCAGUUGAAAUCUAAAUAUUCUUCGAACUCCCCUAGUGAAAGCCCCAAUACAAUGCUUCCAAUAACCUGUAGUGAAGAAAGUAGUGUCUGAAGUCUGUAACAAAUACCAAAGUAAAAAGCUUAGUUAGUAAGUUUACAUACAUAAGUACAUAGUAUAUAGGUAUAUACUAUAGAGUAUUUAUUGAGUUCACUUGCACGUGUUACAUACAUAUAAUAUCGUUUACAUGCCAACAUCUUGUACAAAAGACUCCAAAUGAAAUUUGUAUUCGCCACCCGCAGCUGGGAAUUGGUCCAAUUGUGGUGAAUUCAUGAUUCAUCAACAUUUGUGCAUUGUAAGGAACGAAGUGCAAUAUAAACCAUCUAUACAACUGUGAUCACAAUUAAUAUAAAACUGUUUUAUUGUAAAAUUCGAUGUGUUAGAACCUACGAUUGACGAAU